ACAGCAUCUCAGUCUGCCUCCUGUGCUAAGAAACGUGAUGAUGUCAUAUGGACGACGAAACUUAACCGAGUGAGGCUAAUCCGAGCAUGCAAAAUAUGGUCUUGUAGUCAGGUGCUCCUGAGUACCGAAGUGUGUAAUACUACACCAUCACCAAGUCCCUCGGAUAGGAUUUAAAGCCCAUGGCUUCUUAUCUAUACAUAUAAUAUUCUUAUCAUAGUCGAAAGAUGGUAUGGACAUGAAGCGAAUGGUAUGAAUAAGCCAACCUUGGGUUUGGGGGCUUGUGAAGGAAUGCCGCUUCUCGGAUCCUUUGUUACCGUCGCCGCGCCUUUUCAUUGGUUUGUUAUAACUUUGUGCAAGAGUAAGUUCUAUUCAGCAGGCGACAGAGAGCGAGAAAGAGAACGAAUGAAACGUGAAAGACGAAGAGAAGGCCGGAGAAAGAGAAAGAAAGAGAGAGAGAGAAAAAAAGAGAGAAAGGGGUGAAUAAAGCACAUAAUAUUCAAUGGCUCGCUGGAGUGCAGCUGGGUGUUUUUAUUCUAACGUUCACUAUACGUGUGCAUGGAGCACAACUAUAAUAAAACGUGCAUGACUAUAUAAACUAUAUCUUAGCUUUGUAUGUUUGCGGUUUUUGUUGUUCAUGACUAUCUCAGUGUAACAUCUACUCUGUCUGAUAGAUCCCAUACUACAAACACGUUGUGUCACUAUUCUUCUGACGAUGCAUUUCGGAUAUUCCUGAGCAUAGACUCCCAAUCGCUAAACUCAUGGUCACAAUAAUGUCUUCACAAGUAAUGUAGAGACAUCAAUACUAUGCCCAUUGGGAUUUCGCAGCUACUAAAUACGGUGAAUUAAUAUGGCUGAUAACGUAAGGACAGACCAAUGGCGAUGGAAGGAUAGUGAACAUGAUAGUUCUCGACGCAACGAGGUUAAUCGUCAUGAUGGAAACCAAGACAACGCGGUCAUCUAUCGUAAGAAGAAUGGUGAUCAAAGACAUCGGCGAGAUAAGACGAAGAAACGAUGGAGCGUUCGACCCGACGUCAACCUCGUCUUGGUACCUCGAGGGAAGCAAUGUCAGAUCAUUACUGCUGUCGUCUUCAUCUUCUUGGGCUUAUUCUUGGCAGUAGCGGGAUUGGUUAUCAUAGUUAUCUUAAAAAGCGUUUCUCAAAUCGUCUGGAGUGUGGGCAUUGCAAUGCUUGUCUUGGGGGCUGUAGUACUUAUUGUGGGACUGUUUUACAUGCUGUGUAAGUGUUGCUUUCGGACUUCAACGAGAUAUAAAGAAUACAAAGCGCAGUUCAAAGCUGGUGGGAAGUAUGAGAUGGCUGAGGUGUCAGAACGAUCGCCUGAGAUGAAGAGAUCAUCUCCACGUGCAAAGUCUAAGAUGCAUGAUAAACAUCAAGAGUUAGUCGGUGGCUAUCAAAGUCGUAUGGGUGAUCAACCAUCAGAUACUACAUACAGGACAUAUGUGACUGCUAAUGAACACACCCCUUCCAUGCCGAACUUGUCGUCAGGACGACCUAGAUCAACCCCACAAUGGAUAACACCAGAAGGUUAUCGUCCUGUAGAGGUCAAUGACCUCUCCGACUAUACUAUGGCUAUGCAGACGGCAGACGAUCACCACUUCGAUCAUAACGGUCAUAACCAAGUCGCGUCGUCACCAGAUACAACUGAGCGGAGCGACCUUCAAGAUGACUUUGCCAAACUUGAAGAGGCACUGCGUGAAAUGGUCAUGAACAAAUCUGGGGGAGGAGAAAUGACGCAUCUGAUGAGAGAGCCCCUUGAUACAUCAACACCUGCCCACCCGAAGACACAAACUCAUCAUAGGGUACACAACGUACCUAUCCAGCUAGAAGGAGACCGUGGGGCACACACUGAUGGGGACCAUGGGGUACACAGAGUACCUAUUGUGAUAGAGGGGGAUCAUCGUGGUUCCUCACCCAACCCCAUCCCACCAUCAUAUGAUCAGGUUUUAAGAAACUACCGUACCUACUCAAGGUCUGCAUCUCCAACCAGGCUUAUGGAAUCGGAUCUUUAAAGGAUUAAUGAUUAGCCCGGUCAGAAAAAAA